UGCACGCACGCACACAUACACGCACGCACACAUACAUGCACGCACACAUACACACACGCACAUGCAAACAUUAUCAAACUGGUCGGGUGUCAUAACAGAGCCCCGCCCUCACAGACACAUGAGGAAGUCAGGAGAAACGAAACUAAAGUACUCCAUGGAAAUGGCAGACCAGCAGGACCCACGCAUAUGCUCCGUUUGCCUACAGGACCUGCAGGAGAACAUCUGCCCUCGGUGUCAACAGACUUCCACAUCUGGGACAGAUCAGGAUGAAUCUAUUGCAUCAGUUGCAGAGAUUCUGGAGAGGACGGGACUUCAGAGUGACAACUCUGUGGAUGUCCCAACUGAAACUGGAGACGUGGAGUGUGACUCCUGCACGGUGAAUAAAGGGAAAGCUAUUAAAUCAUGUCUGGUGUGUUUGGCCUCUUACUGCGAUACUCACCUCAGGAUACACAAUGACCUGAACGCAGGGAAGACACACUGUCUAGUGGACGUCACGGGACAUCUGCGGGGAAAGAUGUGCUCCAAACAUGAGAAACUUCUGGAGGUUUUGUGCCGCACUGACCAGCAGUGUAUUUGUUACCUCUGCAUGCUGGACGACCACAAAGGACACGAUGUAGUCUCGGUCGCCAUGGGGCGAGAAGAGAAACAGAGGCAGCUGGAAAAGUCCAAACAGAAGGUUACGGCUCGAGAGAAUGAGUUGAAGGAAAUGAAGAAGGCUGCAAAUGUCCUCCGGAACCUGAGUCAGGCGACAGAGGAAGAAGGUGACAGGAUCAUAACCGAACUUCUCAGCUUUAUACGGAGGAGCCGCACAGAGAUGAUUGAGCUGAUCCAAACUCGGAUGACCAAUGAGAUGGACCGAAUCCAUGGACACAUGGAAGGUCUGGAACAGGAGAUCUCGGAGCUAACGAGGAAACAGUCCGAGCUAGAGCAACUUUCACACACUGACGAUCACAUCCAUUUCCUUCAGGAGGUCCAGUCUCGCUGGUCCAGUUCUCAGUCUGAGGACUUCCCCAUCCUGACCGCUAAUCCGCAGUUCUCUUUCGGAGAAGUCAUCAAAUCGCUCUUUUCACUAACUGCACAAAUAGAGGGCAUUUGGACACUGGAGACAAGCAGGAUAUGCUCUGCAGUGAAAUCUGAGAAGAUCUUACUGCCCUCCGAACCCAAGACGAGGGAGGACUUCCUCCAAUACCUUGUACCGUUGAGUCUGGAUCCAAACACGGCCCACAGGAACCUCUGCUUAUCUGAGCAGAACCAUGCAGUGGCCUGCAUUGAUGAGCCUCAGCCAUACCCAGAACAUCCGGACCGUUUUGAAUGGUGGGCCCAGGUGCUGAGCAAGGAGGGUUUGACUGGACGCCACUACUGGGAGGCUACUUGGAGCGGUCAAUACGGUGUCGACAUUGCAGUCACUUACAAAGACAUCAACAGAACUGGGCAAGACGAUGCCAGCGGGUUUGGAUUCAACAGACACUCGUGGAGUUUGGACUGUUCCAUAUUCAGAUACGCACUAGUGCACGAUGACUUGGAGACCGAGAUCGCUGUACCCUUGUCCCACCGGAUCGGGGUGUAUCUGGACCACAGAGCAGGACUUCUGUCCUUCUACAGCGUCUCCGACUCCAUGAUCCUCCUGCACAGAGUUCAGACCAGGUUCACCCAACCUCUAUAUCCAGGAUUCGGACUCUUUCAGGGCUCGACUGCGAAGUUUUGUGGUCCGGACAAACAAGCCUCGACAGAUGCAACUGAGAGACGUUUACAUCUACAGAGACCGAAAUUACAUUCACAAAGACGACGAAUACAUUCACAGAAACCCAAGAAUAACACAAAAAUCGGUUUUACUCCAAACGACACAAAAAUAACAGUCAAGAGAGGCAAGAGGCAAAAAAAACAAACAUGUAAAGAGGGCGGUAUUUGGUGUGCAAACAUGGAAAAUACAGGAUUCACAGCUGAAGAUGGUGAAGAAUUACAAAAGUCAGAACUGCGUUGAACUAAAGUUAAACCAUAAAACAUAACAGGAAAUGUGUUCUUUGCAUAUAGUUUUUUGUUAACGUGACACUUUAGAGAAUCUAUUUUAAAGGUACUGUUCGGCAAUGACUAAGCUGCUUGAUUUAAAGCUGAACGGUGUAAUUUCUGCACCACUAGCGUCACCAAAUAAACAGUUUUCAAACACUGUCCCUGUUGAUCGAACAAACCGAUAAUCCCACCCCCAUAGAAACAAAGCUGUUGUGUUGGGCUCAAAACAGAACGAUUUUUAUAGCCCCGCAGUGACAUCGUGUUUACAGUUUGAGGACAUUUACCAUCUUAUAACUUACUUGUAGUUAAUCGUCUCUGCUUCAUAAGCAUUAUAUUUUAGCACUGUAAAGUUACACAUUUCACACACUUAUCCAGAGCAACUAAGAAAAAUGCUUUAGUUUCACAUAUGAGACUAUGCGUUCACGUCAUGUCGGGAUGACUAGGUGCGUCCCAACCACAUACUUCUGCCCUAUUCUUCGGCAAUUUGUUGCGCGAAAAGCAAAAAGAAGUGUGCUUAAAGUACCCGGAUGAUGCACUUUUUCAACCAUCAAAACGGGGUGCGGAUUGUAGGACACGUCAUGCACUCAGCGUACGCCGUACUUGCCAUAGAUAGAGGAAAGGGGCGGAGUUAUCUGGCUAUGCUGCUGAUCUGACAAAACAAUUAUAAAUAAUGAAGAAUGUAGCAGCUAGAGAAACCGCACCUUACAAAUGUGAGUUGAACGCUUCACCGUCACCACAAGCUGUGUGAAUCUGUACGUUGUUUAAUAUACAAGUGUUGAACUGAGGUUGGCUAAUGCUAAAGCUAGCGGAAACACAUCACGUGCGUUUGAAAUGUCACUUGCUUCAGCUGUUAAAUGCCGAAUGCUUCCGUGUAGUAAAAAAAACAUUAAGAGUUCCAUUUGGGACGAUACUACACUUUUAUCUUUCUCUCCCCAAUUUUUAAUUCCCAAUGCGCUUCAAGUCCUCGUGGUGGCGUAGCGACUCGCCUCAAUCUGGGUGGCGGAGGACGAAUCUCAGUUGCCUCCGUAUCCGAGACCAUCAAUCCGCGCAUCUUAUCACGUGACUUGUUGAGCGCGUUACCGUGGAGAUGUAGCAUGCAUGAAGGCUUCAUGACAUCCACCGCGGCAUUCACGCACAACUCACCACACGCUCCGCCAAAAGCGAGAACCACAUUAUAGCGACCACGAGGAGGUUACCUCAUAUGACUCUACCCUUCCUAGCAACCGGGCCAAUUUGGUUGCUUAGGAGACCUGACUGGAGUCACUUAGCAUGCCCUAGGACUUUGUUGUUGAUGACAGCAUGGCCGUAGCAAGGUAUUCUGGACCCCCUGACUGUAUACUGGUCAGGGCCCCUUUCCUAUUAAAAAAGAAAGUUUAGAAUUUGUUGCGGGAACCCCCUGAACCCGUGGACUCCUAGAAUCGUUACCAUCUUUCCCCCCACUAGCUAGGAGCCUAAUGACAAACAUAUUUAAUCUCUACAUUAAUUCACCUCUAUAUGUUCAUGCAAAAUAUACCCGAUGAGGUAACAAACAACAGAAGCAUAAAAUUCUGUUUCAGACGAAGACAUGAACGUUCAUGUACAACUUCA